CGAAAUGACGUCCCUUGUGCCCCGCGAACCCUACUCCAAAGAAGAGCUACACAAGCUCUAUCCAGACGGCCUGCAGCUGCAAUUGGUCCAGGUGUUUCUCCGCCACGGCGAACGGACGCCCGUAUCCUCUCGUUUUCAAAACACCGGCCUGGCUACAUAUUGGCCAUAUUGCAACGCCGCACGAAGACUCACCCAAAUUGCCAGCUCAACAGAAGAUCUGACCAGCUGGGAUAGUUUUCAAUGGCGGAGAAGGAUGGAGAGCUUUGGAGAGAACGACCAGGCGGCGAUGGUAGUAGGCCCUAAGGGAGAGAUUGAAGGCAUCUGCCUACCAGGAGAAUUGACCGAUAAAGGUCGCCAGUCCACGUUUGCUCUGGGUCGACGAUUACGAUACCUCUAUGUCGACCAGCUAGGUUUCAUGCCCAAAAUCAGGUCGAACACCGAUGACAUGUACCUCCGCACAACCCCCAUCCCCCGAGCUCUCGAGUCACUGCAGCAGACCUUUUGGGGGAUGUAUCCUCCGGACGCACGAACUGCGAACUUCCGCCCUCCUACCAUCGUGGCCCGGUCAUUUGCAGACGAAACGCUCUAUCCCAAUGAAAGUAAUUGUCACCGCUUCAGGCAGUUAGCCCGCCUUUUUGCCCAGCGGGCAGCAGAUAAAUGGAACCAGACCGCGGAUAUGGAAUACCUCAACUCCCUCUGGUCCAAAUGGAUGCCUUCCAGCUCUCCCCGCGUUGCGGUGGAUUCCCGCCCUCGCCUCUCGGGUAUCUUGGACACGAUCAAUUCCACUCUAGCACAUGGCCCAAACACACGCCUUCCUGCGGAAUUCUACGACGCGAAGGCCCUCGAAAUAAUCGAUAAAAUUGCCAUGGACGAAUGGUUUACCGGAUACAGGGAGAGCAACGAAUAUCGUAAACUAGGUAUCGGCGCUCUUAUGGGUGAUAUAGUCGAUCGUAUGGUCCAUGCAUCGGUCCAUGGCGGCUGGAAACCGACUACAAACGGGGCUGGUGAUGCCAAUGAGGUUGUUAAAUUUGCCAUGAGCGGCUGUCACGAUACCACAAUCGCCGCAAUCCUGACUAGCCUGGGUGCAUUUGACGACGGAAAGUGGCCGCCCUAUACCUCCUCAAUAGCAGUUGAACUCUUCAAAGCCACCGGCAGGCCCCACGCCCAAAAACCUGGCGAUAUCCUUGAAGAGCUGAACGUUCCAGAAGCAGAAACCUCAUCAGCGAAGCGGAAACCAUCCAGCCUAAUGUCUAAGCUUUUCUACGGCAAAUCCUCAUCGUCACCAUCCUUCCCAGAGCCCUCCAAAAUCGCACGCUCCACCACAUCAGGUAUUCCCACACCUCCGCUUCAAGACUACUACGUCCGCCUUCGAUAUAACGAUCAGCCCGUUCGUAUCCCCGGCUGUGUAUCAAAACCCAGCAACCACCUUCCUGGCAAUGACACGUUUUGCACCCUCGAGGCGUUCAAGAAGAUUGCGGAUAAAUUCACUCCGCGCAACUGGCACGAGGAGUGCGCGAAGAACUUGGAUAGUGGGAUGUUUGCGGAAGGGAAUGAUGCUGCUGGUUACUGAGUUCAUGAUUACACGGCAUAAAAAGGGAUAGAGGGGGUGGAGCUUUUGACUUUUAUUUUCAUUUUUUAUUAUUAUCGUUAUUAUUUCAUGACAUGGUAAGCUUCAUUAUGUUGUAAUAUCAAAGUCCAAAUAGCUACUUCGCGGAUAGAGAAAUUCAAAAGUACCCAAAUACCUUGUAG